AUGUCCUUCGCUCCUCCUGCUGCUGAUAUUGACUGGGCCAAACUUGGGCUGGCGGUCACUGACACCGUAAAUGGGCAUGUCGAGUGCCGAUUUGACGCGGCCGCUGGGAAAUGGGGUGCCCCGACAUUUGUGCGCGACCCAUAUCUUCGAGUACACGGCCUUGCUCCAGGUUUGAAUUAUGGGCAACAGAUAUACGAAGGUCUCAAAGCAAACCGCAACGCCAACGAGGAAAUACUUCUCUUCCGCGCCGGCAAACACGCCGCCCGAAUGGCUCAUUCCGCCUCUGUAGUCUCCAUCCCUCCCAUUCCAAAAACGCUCUUCCUCGACAGCGUGCGUUUGGCAGUUGGCGAAAACGCAGAAUUCGUCCCCCCACACUCCAGCAACGCGGCACUCUACAUCCGCCCGCUCGCCUUCGGAGCUGGCGGACAUUUCGCCCUAACUCCUCCCCGCGAAUACCUCUUCUGCGUAUACGUGCAGCCGUUCGCGACGUACCACGGUACCGGCGCCGCUGACGCGUUAGUGAUCGACGAAUUCGACCGAGCUGCUCCUCGCGGUACUGGCUCGGCGAAGGUUGGUGGUAAUUAUGCACCUGUCAUGCGGUAUACGGACGAGGCUAGGGCGCAGGGGUUUCCUCUCACCUUACACUUGGAUAGUAAGACACAGACUGAGAUUGAUGAGUUUUCCACCUCCAGCUUCUUGGGUAUCGAAGCCGGUGAGGGAGAGUCUGGUGUCCCGACUCUCGUAGUCCCGGAUAGCAAGUGCGUGAUCGCCAGUGUUACCAGUGACUCAGUUGUUCCUUACACCACCCUCCCAAAAUUCACCGAGAUUAUAGCCGCUGGUACCGCUGCUGCCUUGGUUCCAAUCCGAUCGAUCACUCGUCCUUCGACGGGAGACAAGUUUAUCUUUGAGAGUGGUCCUCUGUGUGAGACACUGUCUGGUGCUCUGCGGAAGAUUCAGCGUGGGGAGGGACGGGAUGGGGAGAAGGGCAAAUUUGCGGAGUGGGUUGAAGCUGUUCAGGCGCCGGGGUCUGUUUAUGAGAAAUAUGUUCAGUGA